ACUGACAAGACCAUAAAAAAUAUAAUGAUGCUAAAAUUAAACAUGAAGAUUAUUCCUGAAAACAUGAAAACUUUGAACCAAACUGGAGACCACAAAGAUAUUUCAGAAACUUCAAACAACAAAAAAUUAAAAGACCCAACUACCAACACUUGGAGCAAGAAGCAAUCUGUGGAAUCUGCAAUAUUAAAGGGCACUUUAACAGCCAUUGCCCAGAAGUCGAAUACAAACGAUGUCUUAGAAAAAGGCAUAUCACAAAAUACUGUAUCCAUAACCUCUGUGGAUGCAACCAAUUCAUCAUUGAAAGAAACAGACAACUCGCAUUUCAAAAACUCAAGAAAGAACCGUCUAAAGACGACUGGUAUCAUUAAAUUUCAAAAUACACAUUAUAAAUCUACCAACUAUAUUAAUGUGACUGCAAGUUAUGUUGAUGAUGAAUGGAAUAAUGGAUACAAUGCAGAUGAUAAAUCUGUAAAAUCCGAUAAAACAGUAACCCCAUUACCAAAAGUAUACAACCAAUCAAUCAAUGAAUAUAUUACAGAAAUUACAAUUCUUCAAAGAAACGAAGACGAAUUUAUUAACAAAACCCUAGAUGAUAUAAUGACAGAAACUUUAGAAAAUAGGAAACCACCAGAAUACACUGAAGAAAAACUUCAAGAACAACUACAAGAAAAUAAAUAUGUAAAGUUUGGAAUUGAAGAAGAUCCUUUACCAGAAAAACUCAAAGAAGAGACUCCAAAUACAAGUGAACAACCAUUUGGCAAUUUAUUACAAAAAUUACAAAAUGCAUUCUCUAACCAUAACUUUAAAGAAGAAAUCGAUAAUUUGACUGAAGACACCUUAGAAGAAGAGCGAAUUAACUCAAAUAUGUCACCACUAGAACUGGAACUUUAUGAUAUUCAACAAUGA